AUGGACAAAUCAGGAAUACCAACUGUCUGGUGCUUCGCUGAGGAAAUUAUUCAAGCUAUUUUAGAAUCAGAUGAUUUUAAAAAUGAAUCAGAACAAGUUGAAACCUUGGAGCGAAAGCAAGUGAAUCUUAAAUCUAUUGAUAAUUCUUCACCAAGUCAACUGAUAGAAUUUAUGGAAAUUGAUGAAUUUGAAAAUUCAGAUCAGGAAUUGGCAGAAUUAGAAUCGGAUAAGUGUAAGGAAUUAGAUAAGCUUCAAACUUCAGA